CUUGCCCUCCUAAGCAGAGGCCAGCCCACUACAAAGAUCUGGGAACUGCAACGAAACCCAUGACAGUCUGAAGCAGCAGCUCCCUUGCUGCCAGCCUCCAGAUUCUCAUCUGUCACCUCAGACCCGGACUAGUUGACAGAGCAGCAGAAUUUCAACUCCAAUAGGCUUGAACGUGUUUCUGAGCAGAGAAGCAGAGCUAAAAAAGGGAAGGGCUUGAAAGUGUUUCUCUUGGGUAUUUGUCAAACUUUUAUUUCCUGGCUGGAAGCAGAGAGGGGAUUGAACUCCAACUUCAGUUUUCUACCAGAACUCUGGGUCCAGACACCUAUCUGAAGGUCUGGAAAGCAUGAGGACGGUGCUGGUUUUCCUCUUUGUCUUGGGAACUACAGCUGCAAUCCCGACAAAUGCAAGAUUUUUAUCUGACUAUUCCACACCAACUGCUGAAGUAUUGGUGACUCCUGACAGCACUGCUAUCCCCACUGACAGAAGUGAAGCUGCAGAAAAUGAAAAAGCUACUGAGGCAUCCACAGAAAGUACUCCCAACCAUACGGCUGAAACCCCUUCAAUACAAAGAUCAGAAGAGGAAAACCCUGCUCCAACUGCAGAUCAGGACAAGACUUCUAGCCACGAGCUGGGACUGAAGGACCAGGAGGAUGGCGAUGGUGACGUAAGUGUGGAAAAUGCCCCAACUGAAGGGACCUUAGACUCUAAAGAAGCUUUGAGUGAGACUCCAAAGAGUCACUUCCCAGAGGUCACGGAUCCCCCAGAGGCUGCUUUUAGUUCCUAUGUGGAAUCUCAGCAAGAAAACACUGCAAACAGAGAGGGAAGCAAAGAACAACCUGUACACGAGGCAUAUGAAUUGAACAAGAACAGUUCACAUAGCGAAGACCUAAUGGAUGAAGGAAGCCAAGAGCAUGACCCACAUCUUCCCAAUGGUGAUGGAGAAGACGGAGAAAAAGAGCCCGAGGAAGAUGGUGUCCUCAAUGAUGAGCAGGAAAAUGAAAAAGAAGUUGCUGAGGAACAUUCUAACAGCAAGCAGGAAGAAGACAGUGACCAAUCUGAGGAUAUUCUGGAAGAUUCCAAUCCACCAACACAAGCAAGUGCGAUGCAAGAUGAAUCUGAGCACAGUCAGCAAGGUCAAGGAGAGAACUCUAAUGCUGAGACGGAAGAGGACCAUGCAUCCAACAGCAAUAAGCAAAGCGAAGAAGGAAAAGCUGACCUUGAAGUUACUGACAACCAGGAGGACGUGGAUAGAACAACGGUUCCUACAGAAUUGACUGGAGAUGGUGACGUUGUGUCCAAAAGUCAUGAAGCUGAAGGUGAUGGAGAUAUUGAUGACGCUAAGCAUGGUGAAGGUGAUGACUACUUGAUGCCGAGUGAAGACAGUUUGGAGGCUGCAAAGACUCAACCCAUUUCUUCUAACCUAAAGCAUGAACAGGGAAGAUCUCAUGAGGAUGAGAAUGUGGAUACCAGCGAGGCUGGAGUCUACCAAGAGGCUAAGAAAGCUGAGAGCUCAUCACACAACGAUGAAACAUCAAGUGAAGACAACGCAAGGCUGCACGGUGCUGAUUCCUGCGUAAACUUCCAAUGUAAAAGAGGGCAUAUUUGCAAGGCAGAGCCACAGGGAAUAGCACACUGUGUAUGCCAAGAUCCCGCAACUUGUCCUCCAGCAAAACUCCUUGACCAAGUUUGUGGCACUGACAACCAGACCUAUACAAGUUCCUGUCAUCUGUUUGCUACUAAAUGCAGACUUGAGGGGACCAAAAAGGGACACCAACUACAGAUGGAUUAUUUUGGAGCCUGCAAAUCUAUUCCUGUUUGUACGGACUUUGAAGUGGCUCAGUUUCCCCUACGGAUGAGAGACUGGCUCAAGAAUAUUCUCGUGCAGCUUUACGAACCAAAUCCUAAACAUGCAGGACAUCUAAAUGAAAAACAGAGAAGUAAAGUCAAGAAAAUUUAUCUGGAUGAAAAGAGACUCUUGGCUGGGGACCAUCCCAUUGAACUUCUCCUAAGGGACUUCAAGAAGAACUAUCACAUGUAUGUGUAUCCUGUGCACUGGCAGUUUAAUGAGCUUGACCAGCAUCCCAAGGACAGGGUCCUGACGCACUCGGAGCUGGCUCCCCUGCGAGCGUCGCUGGUGCCCCUGGAGCACUGCAUAACCCGUUUCUUCGAGGAGUGCGACCCCAACAAGGACAAGCACAUCACCUUGCAGGAAUGGGGCCACUGCUUUGGAAUUAAAGAAGAAGACAUAGAUGAAAACCUCUUGUUUUGAAUUCAGAUUUGAAAGAACUCAAGCCUUCCAACAUCCUCCUCUUGUUUAAGCAUGUCUGAAAUACAUGCAGCCGGACGAGUAGAUUUAUAGUUAGCAAACUGUUUGCAUGUAAGAGAAGACAAUGAGAGCAAUUGCUUGAUAAUUAAGUAUAUGCGCCAAGCAUGCAACAUUACCCUAAGAAAUAAAACCAUAAAAUGAAGUAAAGGCAAUGCACAUAGAAGAAAUGCACACUAUUUUAGAACAAGAGUUUGACUCACAGUAAUUUCACUUGGGGCAUUAACUUUUAAGGUAAUUACUAAUUAUAAAACUUGAAAAAUAUUAUGUGUUCAUAUUGUCCAUCACAUAUACGUCAAGAAGACAGAACAUGGUGUUUUAUGCUUAAUAUGUAUCACAAUCAAUAUCUUAAUAACGUAAUAAAGAGUCUAUAAAAUUCUAAA